AUGGACUACUACGCCGAACAGUCGCAGUCAACCACCCCCAAUCUCCAGGAACUGCUGUCGCAGUCGUCUCUGGCCACGGCGUUCACCCACAGCGGCGCCCCCACCCCGCACACGUCGCAGCCGACGCUGGUGCCCACCGUGGCCACCGACCUUCUGGUGGCGCUGGGGCAACCGCCGCAGCCAACGACGCUGGACGCCAUCUCGGCGCUGUUGUUGCCCCAGCGCUCUACGGUGCUGAAGGGCAAGUACCUGCUCACCGACUUCCAAAUCAUGAGAACGUUGGGCACGGGGCUGUUUGGCCGUGUCCACUUGGUAAGACUGGUUCACAACGGUCGCUACUACGCCAUCAAAGUCUUGAAAAAGCAACAAGUGGUGAAAAUGAAGCAGGUCGAACACACGAACGACGAACGCCGCAUGCUCAAGCUUGUUGAACACCCGUUCCUCAUCCGCAUGUGGGGCACGUUCCAGGACUCGCGCAACUUGUUCAUGGUGAUGGACUACAUAGAAGGGGGCGAGCUUUUCUCGCUCUUGCGGAAGCUGCAGCGCUUCCCCAACCCGGUGGCCAAGUUUUAUGCUGCCGAGGUGACGUUGGCAUUGGAGUAUCUCCACAGCCACAACAUCAUUUACCGCGACUUGAAGCCGGAAAACAUUCUUUUGGACCGUAACGGCCACAUCAAAAUCACUGAUUUCGGGUUCGCUAAGGAAGUGAGCACGGUGACGUGGACGUUGUGUGGUACCCCUGACUACAUUGCCCCUGAAGUGAUCACCACUAAACCUUACAAUAAAUCGGUGGACUGGUGGCUGUUGGGGGUGCUUAUCUUUGAAAUGUUGGCUGGGUACACCCCGUUCUACGACUCCACUCCCAUGAAGACUUACGAGAAGAUCUUGUCGGGGAAAGUGCACUACCCGCUGAUCAUGCUGGCGGAUGUUGUCGAUUUGCUUAAGCAGUUGAUCACCGCCGACUUGACCCGUCGUUUAGGAAACUUGUCCAAUGGUCCUGCCGACAUCCGCAACCACCCGUGGUUCGCGGAAGUCGUGUGGGAAAAGUUGUUACUCAAGGAUAUCGAAACUCCGUACGAGCCUCCCAUCACCGCUGGCGUCGGUGACUCGUCGUUGUUCGACCACUACCCCGAAGAGCAAUUGGAUUACGGCAUCCAGGGCGAGGACCCUUACGCCGACGUUUUUAAGGAUUUCUAG